AUGCAUAUCUCUUUUUCUUCAUAUCUAUCUAUCUAUCUAUCUAUCUAUCUAUCUAUCUGCAGCAAGAUCUCAUUGAAACUAUUUUUCUUACACCUGAAUCCAAGAUCUGUCUUCAUGAAUGUGCAUCUUUCUCCGAAGACGCCAAUGAUAAGCGUUGUCAGACAGUCAUGCAAUCGCUAUCUGUCGAUCGAGCGCACGCUUUCUGCUUGGUCAAAUCUAUCUAUCUAUCUAUCUAUCUAUCUAUCUAUCUAUCUAUCUAUCUAUCUAUUUGUCAGUUCAUUAUAUAUCUAUCUAUCUAUCUAUCUAUAUAUCUAUCUAUCUAUCUCAGUCUGUUUAUAUCUAUCUCAGUUUGUUCAUAUCUAUCUAUCUAUCUAUCUAUGUCAGUCUGUUUAUAUCUAUCUCAGUUUGUUCAUAUCUAUCUACCAGUGUAUCUGUUCAUAUCUAUCUAUCUAUCUAUCUCUGUCAGUUCAUUAUCUAUCUAUGUACGUCAGUCAUUUUCAUAUCUAUCUAUCUAUCUAUCUAUCUAUCUAUCUAUCUAUCUAUCUAUCUAUCUAUCUCUGUCUUUUCAUAUCUAUCUAUCUAUCUAUCUAUCUAUCUAUCUAUCUAUCUAUCUAUCUGUCAGUUCAUUAUCUAUCUAUCUAUCUAUCUAUCUAUCUAUCUAUAUAUCUAUCUAUCUAUGUCAGUUCAUUUCUAUCUAUCUAUCUACGUCAGUCAAUUUCAUAUACAUCUCUCUAUCUAGCUAGCAAGGUCAGUCUUUUCAUAUCUAUCUAUCUAUCUAUCUAUCUAUCUAUCUAUCUAUCUAUCUAUCUCAGUCAGUUCAUUAUCUAUCUAUCUAUCUAUCCCUGA